AUGUCGUCGCGCUCGUCAGGGUCUGACAGCCCCGGCAGCCUGCAGUCGUGCCUUGGGCUCAGAAUAGAGCGCGGCGAGUCCCUGGUGCAACACCUCGAGUCAGAUGACUACUCCGCCAUCUCCGCCAUCCUGCUGCCGCACGGAUACCACUUCCGGGAGGGCUCCGAGCUGUGGGACGGCGUCAAGCUGGGCCGGCUGCUGGGGUCUGGCAUGCAGGCCAAGGUGUACCGCCUGGCACGCCACGACGGCGCCCCCACUGGCAAGGUCAUCAAGGUCAACCGCGAGGACCUGGGCAACAAGAUGCUGAACAACGACAUGGUGUGGGUGGGCAUGCACCGGGAGUGGCGCACCGGCACGCAGCUGCGCGCCGCGCUGCAGCAGGCCGACGGUGCCGUGCCCGGCUUCAUGCUGGUGGCCGACUGCGUGCUGCACCGGGACGCCUCGCCCAGCGCCCGAGCCCGCUUCGGCGGCAUGGUGAUGGGAGAGCUGCAGGGCUGGGAGGUGUACAAGCGCAUCGACGUGCCCGAGUUCCACAACAUCCACUACGUGCGGGAGAUGCUGUUCCAGGUGUUCUCGGCGCUGGACCGUGCUCAGCGCAAGCUCGGCUUCCACCACGCCGACCUGGGCAUGCGCAACAUCAUGGAGCACUACCCGCGGACCUGGGAGCAGGUGCCGGGCUGGGCCAGGGCGCGGGCGGAGGUGCCGGUGCGGCCAGGCUACACCUGCAACGCAGAUGGCAGCCGGCUGCCGCUGGGGCCGGACAUAGAGUUCAAGAUCAUCGACUUCGGCAUCGCCAAGUUCAGCGAGAAGCUGGCGCAGGCGGCAGGCGGGCGCGAGUCGCAGGAGACAAUGGCGCAGCUGCAGGAAAUGUUUGGCACCGGCAAGCGCCUGCUGUUUUCAAAUGAGCGCAAGAUCAAGGUCAGGAUGGCCUGCUUCGGCGGGCUGAGCGGCAGCCGGCAUGGCAGCCGCGGCAGCAGCCCUCGCGCGGGCCGCUCGUCCACAGCAGAGGAGCAGGACGAGGAGAUUCGGCGGCCGGAGCGGUAUGCGGCGACCAGCCCGCCGCCCGAGGCGCUGGCAUCAGCACGGCACAUGCAGUCGCUGCAGCGCAAGAAGAAGAGCCCCAUCGAGACGAUGCACUUCUGGCACCGCAAGGGCGACGUGUUCCACCUGCUGCUGGGCAUUGCGCUGGCGCUGGACGACAGGGUGUGGCCGCAGGAGGAUAUAGCCGAGGUGCAGGCGCUGAUCUCGCUGGUGCAUCACGUCACAGGCAUCCGCCUGAAGGCCAGCUUUGCGGAGCAGGGCGAGGGCCCCGAGCGGCGGCGGUUUGGCAAGCUGCGCGGCUGCGUGGGCAGGCCGCAGGUGGCCGGCGAUGACUCAGACUGCAGCUACGAGUUUGGGCGGAUCAAGGCGCACGCCAAGCCUUACAAGUGA